GUUUCCCAUCGUGUUUAGCGAUCAGUCACUGCAGAAUCAGGAAACCAGGAGGAAGAUGUGCGGAAAGAAAGCAAUUAGCCGAGUGGAUCGUGCAUUACGGCAGCUUGCGUCGCAUCAAACUCACAUGGAGGAACUGAAGCGGCAGAUGCACACGAUGCGAGACAAGCUGGAAACCUCGCAGGGAGCUCAGAUGGAGGUGUUGCAACGCGAGCAGGCAGUUGCGAGCCAGAUGCAGGAAGCCAUGCGGCGGCUGGAGCAAGAGCAGGAGGCGGCGAAAGCCAUGGCCCUCGAGCUUGACGCUGCAAAAGUGGAGGCGGACACGGCGAAACGCAGUGUGUCUGGCACCGCCUCUAAACUACAAUUGAAAGAAGUUGAGCAUAAAAGGCUCCUGGAAGAUAUCACAUGUCUCAAGAUACAAAAUGAAAAAUUACAAAGAGCAUUGGAAAGAAAAGUAAAAGUUGAUACAAAUGAAAAGACAAACUCGUGCCUCUCAGGUCAAGUUGAGCGAUAUAAAGAGGUGGUUGCUCGUCUUACAGCUGACAACAUGGUAUUUUUAAUGAAGUUACAUGAAUACAAGGAUGCCCUUCUAACAGCAAACAAGAGACAUCAACAAUUGGAAAAAGAGAUAGAAGACAAGAAAGGAAGAUGGAUAGCAAAAGCAUCCGCCAAAAUCGAAGACGUUGUGAAGAGCACUUUCUGCCAGGCAGAGGAGUGCGAGACCCAACUGGAACGACUCCGGCGAGACGAAGGCAAAGCAGUGAGUGAGUGGCAACUAAAACUGGAGCACGCCGAGAAGCGGCUGGCUCAUGUCACAGCUGCACGCGACUGGCUGGAGGAGGCCGUGGUCCACACCCGAGAAAGGAUUACUAUGAUGGAGGGUGAGAAGUUGAGCCUGCAAGGUGAACUGGAUUCCGAACGACAACGGAGGUUGGGUCUCGAAGGCGAUGCGCGAGCUUUGGCCCUCACGCUUCGCGAAUCCACUCAACAGGUGAGCAUUAUGAAGGAUCAGUAUUCGGCAGCACUGAGAAACAUCGAGACUAAGAGCAAGGAUCUACAAUUCAAAGAGCACGAGAUGAAACAACUAUUGGCAGCACUAGAAACUGCCAACCACCGCCUCGAAACACAGCAAAAUGUUAAUGCAGCCAUUAUGCGGAAAAAAGAAGAGAUUGAGUGGCAGCUUUUGGAGGCUGAGGCACAAAGAAAUAAAUCGUGAUCGAAGCUUCUUAAAACGUGACGGUUACACAUACAUAUGAUAUACAUAUGACAAUAAUUUACAAGCAUAGACACACUUCCUGCAAGAAG